GUUUUGCAGGUGUGAGAGUUUCACCUUUGUCAUUGGUAUCAUCUGUCUGUAGCUUCUUGGCUCGUUGCUGAUCUUUAUAUCUUACGUGUUCAGGCUAUCUUUUCGUAUUUAAGGAUGUUUGUCGUGGGUGCGUCCUAUGUUUCUUUAUUACAGGCUGUGGUCAGUCGGUGCCAAUCGGUAUCUACUUAUUAUUUGUGUGAGGUCGCUGAUGAUGGAUCUGUUCUAGCUGGUGUAGAGAUAGAAUUGCCGCCUUUGCACACAGAUGUUACUGGUCGUCGUGUGUUUUUUUGGAAUUGUCCUCAUAUAACUUAUAUGGCUCCUUAUGAGCAGGCAGCAUUCCAGGCUGUAAGUUACCUGCAAGGUCUUUAUGGGUUUUUGGUACUUGAUUACAGCUAUCAAGCUUUGUUGUACUAUAGGAGAGUGGCAUACUCGGCUAUCCAACUUGCGGCUGGUGCUGUGAGUUGGGCCGGUGUUGUUGAUCGAUUUGUCUGUUUUCAGGAUAUGUUUCCUGAGAGUAUGAGUGAACCUUGCCGAUUUCCCCUUGCCGACAUCCUUUCCGAUCGUCCAUGGUUCUAAACGUAUGCCUUCUUUUUAUGCUUGUUCAUAGCAGUUUAUAAGCAUUAUAUAUCAUGUAAUCUUUUUUUUGUUUGUUCACAUGUCUAUUAAUAAGAUAAUUCUUUCGUUUCCUGUCAUUGUUCUUUCCUUCGUUAGGCUUUGUUGUGGUAAGUGCUAUACCUAUGUACACAGCAUAGCUGCUCUGUGCUUUUAUAUGUUGUGCAUCAUUAUUGGUGCAGCUUGUUCACUUCUAGGUUACUUUAACUGUUUUACAAUAUGUUGUUUAUUUGCGCACUUGCUUUAUCGUUGUCUGUUUGUUUUUUUCCCGGCCAUUCAAGUUAAUAGUCGUUUCAGCAAUGCCUCGAGUUUCACGUAGCAACCCAAGUAUGUGCACUGCCUCGUAUUUCCUUACUUAUGUUUUGUAUUAUCUUUUUCGGUGCAUAAAUUCUUAUUUAUGUCUCUCCCCGCUCCCCCCCUGUCUUUGUGUUGUUGGGAUCGAGUAUAAAUAGGACCCGUUAAGUAUCCAUCUUUGCCUCCUGAUAUGGCAACAGACAACCGUCAUAAGCGUCGAAGGUUAGAUAAUCAUCGGCGAUUGAAAUUGCCAGGUAGUUUUUGUAUAGAUUUCAUAACGUUAAGGUUGGUUUGAUUAUCUAUUAGGAGUUCUUAAUGCAAUGAGUUGCCUUGUUUUCUCGAUAGGACCAAGCGAUGGUUGUGUUGUGACUACCCUAUAUGCGCGCUUCACACAGGAGUAUAUAGAUUAUUUAAAAGGUAUAGGCACAUACAUAGGAUUGCCCUUAGCGUUUCUAAAUGUCGACAUAUGGCACUAUUUCUUAUUAUGUUUGCCUGUGUGUUGCUUUCAAUACACAGAAACUUAUCGCGGGAGGUCAUAUUUUGGAUCUCCAGAUUUUCAAUGUGAUCAUUGCCAUGCUUUAUUCUGGUAUAUAGAAUCUGUACGAGGAUCGUCUACUGCCAGGGGACGAGGACCAGUUUAUAACCUAUGUUGUAAAGGUGGGAAAGUUCAAAUUCCACCGUUUAGAGAACGUCCACCCUUUCUACGAGACCUCUUAAAAUACGAUGACGAACCUCGAUGCAAGAAAUUUCUGAAACAAAUCCGACAAUAUAAUUGUUUAUUUGCUUUUAGCUCAAUGGGUGCUAGAAUAGACAAUGCUAUAAAUAGAGGUCGAGGUCCAUACGUAUUUCGUAUUAAUGGACAAAUCCAUCAUCGUAUUGGAUCUUUGCUUCCAACAGAUGGUGAGGCGCCACGGUUCGUUGAGCUUUAUAUCUAUGAUACUGAAAACGAAAUGACAAAUAGGAUCCAUGCGUUAGAUCCAGCUGAAACACUAGAUGGUGAGUUAGAUAAAGAGAUCAUCAAAGGUUUGUUACAGAUGUUGGAUCAAUAUAAUCCUUUAGUGAAAAAAUUUAGAAUGGCAAGAGAUCGAUUAAAAGAGUAUCCUGACGAAAAUUUGGCCAUCAGAAUCAUUGGUGCCCGUGAUGGUGACCCCGUGCAAUAUAACCUCCCAACAUGUGAUGAACUUGCUUUAUUAGUGGUUGCGGAUUUCUCGCUUGAUACUUUUAAACGUGACAUAAUAGUCGAUUGUCUUGAUGGUGGUCUUCGCCAAAUAUCAAUACUUCAUCCUGCUCUCAUGGCCUUGCAAUAUCCACUAUUAUUCCCAUAUGGUGAACGUGGUUUCCAAGUAGGUGUUCCGUAUGUCGGUGCUGAUUUGACAAGGUCAAAUGCUCGAAAUAAAAUGACAAUGCAAGAUUACUACCGAUAUUGCUUUCACUAUAGAAGAAACCAACCAAAUCCCUAUCUAUGCUGUGGUAGAUUAUCUUCGCAGGCUAAGGUUGACGCCCGAGCUUGUAUUGAUGAGAAUAGAUUACAAUGGAUUAUUGACAAUCAGGACAAGCUUAGAGUAGAACAAUUCCAAGGAAUCGUUGAUGCUGUAACAAAUGGUUCUAUAGAUGGCAAUGCUGUAGGUAAACGCAUGUAUCUUCCUGCAAGCCAUACCGGAGGUAGACGCUACAUGAUUCAAAACUUCCAUGAUGCAAUUGCAAUAACUAGAGUCUAUGGUGUUACAGAUAUAUUUUUGACAUUCACAUGUAACCCAAAAUGGCCUGAAAUUGCUGAAGCCCUUAGAUUUGAACGUGGUCAAAAACACACUGAUAGAGCCGAUAUUGUUGUUAGGGUAUAUCACAUGAAAUUACAAGAGAUGCUUGGAGAUAUCAAAAGUGAUAUGCCCUUUGGCCCUAUUAAUGCAGGUGUGUUGCCUGUUCACUUGCUACACUUCUGUCUUUAG